GCUACGUUAGCAUGACGUCGGAACAACAAGUCAGACAGGAAGUGAACUAAAAUGACCACCAUGACCGGCAUGCAUUGUGCGCUACAUCCAUGAUUGUACAGCGAUCACCGGUGAUCGAUUUUGCGCGUGCCUGGCUGAUCUCAGAUGUGCCUGUCGUUGAACUGUAGUAAACUCGAGCAAACCAAACUGGGGUCCUUGGGUCAGAAACAUGGCGGCUUUUAGUAGAUAUCUGACAGCGAAAAACUCCUCCAUCGCCGGUGGCAUUUUGCUAGUUUUGUGCUUGUUAAAAUACAGAACACGGACGCGCAAACAGGGCGGUAGAAAAGGGGGCUCAGAUCUAGUACUGAACACUGAGAAAGAUGUCAAAAAAGACCGUGCAGUGGUGGACAAGGUUUUCUUCCUUCGAAUCAUUAGAAUUCUGCGGAUCAUGGUACCUCGAGUUUUCUGUAUGGAGACGGGCUACCUUUUCCUUAUUGCCUCCAUGUUGGUGGCCAGGACCUACUGUGACGUAUGGAUGAUCCAGAAUGGCACCAUGAUUGAAAGUGCAAUUAUUGGUCGCUCAACAAAAGAUUUCAAGAUCCUCUUGUUCAGCUUUAUAAGAUUCAUGCCAGUUAUAGCCUUGGUGAACAACUUCCUGAAGUUGGGCCUAAAUGAAUUGAAGCUGCGCUUCCGUGAGAGGCUGACAAAGAACUUGUACGACCAGUACCUGCAAGGUUACACCUACUACAAAAUGGGAAACCUGGACAACCGGAUAGCCAAUGCAGACCAGCUACUGACCCAGGAUGUGGAGAAAUUCUGCAACAGUGUGGUGGACCUUUACUCCAACCUCAGCAAGCCUCUGUUGGAUAUUGGUCUGUACAUCUUCAAGUUGGCCAGUGCCAUCGGUGCUCAGGGCCCAACCAUCAUGAUGAGCUACCUGUUGAUCUCAGGGCUGUUCCUGACCAGACUGAGGAGACCCAUAGGCAAGAUGACAGUCACCGAGCAGCGCUAUGAGGGAGAGUACCGCUAUGUCAACUCUCGCCUUAUUACCAACAGUGAGGAGAUUGCCUUCUACAAUGGAAACACGAGGGAAAAACAGACUAUCCUCGCCACAUUCAGGAAACUGGUGGACCACUUGCAUAACUUCAUCUUCUUUCGCUUCUCAAUGGGAUUUGUCGACAGCAUAAUUGCCAAGUACCUGGCCACUGUGGUGGGCUACCUGGUGGUUAGCCGGCCGUUCCUAAACCUGUCUCAGCCCCGACAUCUGCACAGCACACAUUCUGAGCUUCUAGAGGACUACUACCAGAGUGGAAGGAUGCUCCUGAGAAUGUCCCAGGCCCUGGGCAGGAUUGUGCUGGCCGGCCGAGAGAUGACCCGCCUCUCAGGAUUCACAGCUCGUAUCACCGAACUGAUGAAAGUCCUAAAGGAGCUGAACACUGGCAAAUACGAACGCACCAUGGUCUCCCAGCAGGAGAAGGACUCAGACCCUGCAGAGAAUCUCAUGCUGGUACCUGGAAGUGGCCAAAUAAUCAAUAGAGAUUACAUCAUCAAAUUUGACCAUACCCCACUAGUGACACCCAAUGGAGACAUCCUUAUCAGAGACCUCACAUUUGAGGUAAGGUCUGGUACCAAUGUUCUGGUGUGUGGACCAAACGGCUGUGGAAAGAGCUCUCUGUUCAGGGUGCUUGGAGAGCUGUGGCCUCUGUUUGGAGGACAGCUGACAAAACCUGAGAGAGGGAAGCUCUUCUAUGUUCCACAGAGGCCCUAUAUGACUCUGGGUUCUCUGAGGGACCAAGUUAUUUACCCUGACACCAUUGAAGAACAGAGAAAAAAAGGCAUCUCUGAUGAGGUGUUGAAGGAGUACCUGGACAAUGUUCAGUUGGGGCACAUCCUGGACAGAGAGGGCGGCUGGGACAUAGUCCAGGACUGGAUGGACAUCCUCAGUGGUGGAGAGAAGCAGAGGAUGGCUAUGGCCAGGCUGUUCUACCACAAGCCCCAGUUUGCCAUUCUGGAUGAGUGCACCAGUGCAGUGAGUGUGGAUGUAGAGGAUUAUAUCUACAGCCACUGCAAGACGGUGGGCAUCACCUUGUUCACAGUGUCCCACAGAAAGUCUCUGUGGAAGCACCACAAGUUUUAUCUUCACAUGGACGGGAGAGGAAACUACGAAUUCAAGCCCAUCACAGAGGAAACUGAGGAGUUUGGCUCAUAACCGACCUCCCCAGUGACUGCUCUGAUAAAGCCAAUUUGUUAAUUCUUUGCACAUCACACAGAGGUUGUAGCUAAAACUAGAAAAUAAUAUUUUUAAUCAUUUGUAAUUCUGUAUGCUUUGUCUUCUUUUUGUUAUUUAAAGUGUCAUUUUAUUCCUGUCUAAUCAUUAAUUAGUCCAGUGUGAGUAUAAAACACCUGUAAUUUAGAUCGCCAACAUCUAGGUUGUGUUUUUACACCAGUGAGAGAUGACUGAGUGAUGGUGGAAGUCAUCUGUGCAUGCAGUCAUACCUCCCAGCAGUAACAGCCGGUAGAGAUAAGCAAGGUACCACAGGUAUCGUGUCCUCCUGUCCUGCACAGGAUAAUGCUGGAGUUUGUACGCAAGGUGAUACUACAAAAAAAACUACAGGACAGACAGUACUAACUGGAGCUGAACAAACCUUUCCAGAGGCAACUGUAGACUCAGCUGUUUGAUAUGAACAUUUUGAAUCGAGUAAGGCGGUGGAGGGACGUUUGUUUUGUUUCUGACUUGGGAAGCCCUAUCAACCAUCCUACAUACAGGAUCUACGUCCUAAGGAAACUGGAGCAUAUCAGUCGCUCAGACAUUCAGAGUUUGAAAAUCUGAGUUUGCCAAAGAGAACACAGUCUCCCAAGAGAUUUCUCAUAAGAAAAUUUUUUUUUGACUAAAACAACAUGAAAGAUGGAGCAGGGUUUCAUUUAUGCUAAUGAAAGGAGUGUCACUGGUCAGCGUUGCUCUCAGUGCUCCCAGUAGCGGUGAGCCUGUAUAUUAUGACAGGGACAGGGUAAUGCACGUUGUGAAUGCCAGAAUGCCUACACAGUUGAUAUGUGAUUGGCAUGAAGGACCCUGAUAUAUGUAGUAUGACGGCCAGGUCAUGCUUCCAGUAUCGUGUGGACUUGAGGCCUAAUCACACCAUCAUUAAAACAUUAACAUAGCUAAUUUCAGUGGGUUCUCUGCAGUAAAGAGAGCCCACCUUUAAUGGUUACACAAAGUAGGAUCAUACUAAUUGUUACCAGGUUUGUUGUGCUGCACAGUAGGGAUACAGACUGUUCUGCAGUCAGUCAAAAGGCAGCAGUCAAUUCCAAAAGCUCCCUUGAAUGAGCUCCUGUUAUUGUAAGAACAUGUGGAUGAAUUUUGCAGUGACCCUACCGGGUUUUAAGCUACAAAAUCCUGGACUUACUAAUGAUUAUCUUUAAUAUGAAAUCAUGUCAGAGUUUAUUUUCAGUCCAAACAGCUGAUUAAUUUGUUCUCCAAUGUUUUUUUUGUUAAAGUUCUAGGAGUGUUGUAAUAAUUCCAUUUUGCUGUUGCCAGGUGGGGCUGCAUUUCAUUUAACAAAGGCAUGUCAGUAAGGAAACAGAACGCAGUGAAAUCUUCUAGGAUGCUUUUUCUACUUAUCUCAUUAUUCACCUUUUCUGUCUCUACUUUUUUGAUAAUUGUGUAGAUAACUAUUUUCACAUGAGCUCUGUGAAGCUGGGGACUGGGUCUAAAGUGCAAUGAUGGCUUUUCUCAUAUUAUUGCUACUCUUCAUUCAGUCACUAAAAUUUUUGAAACUGUAAAGGAGCCUAACCCAUAGAUUUAAACGCAUAACAGUGCUGUUAGAUCUCACUGAAAAAAUAAACUGUACUAGUAAUGAAUUUUCA